AUGCAAUAAAAAGUGGUUUAGCAAAAAAGUGAAAUUAAAUUCGAGAAGAAGAAUGGUUAAAAAGAAUCUCUUAUUUUGCCAUCCAAAUACGUAGAUUUCUAGAGUUAAAUGCUAACAAAAUAUUAAUAUCCGGAGACAACUAUUUAUACAUAUUCGGAUGAUAAUGAUGAUGAAAUCACUAUCGAUUCUAGUAUAUCAUAUCAUUAAAUGAAACAACGUUUACAAUAGAAAUCAAGUUAUCAAAUACUAAAAGUGAAGGAGGAAUAAGAGAAAAUAGUUGUUUAUAAAAAAUAUAUUGACGGAAAAGAAGACUAAAAUUUAAAACACAAAGGAGAUAAAGUAAAGGAAAUAGAAGAACAAUUAUCAAUAUACUUUUUAGAUAAAAAUGGUGAAGUUAUAAAGAGCAACCUUUUGUUAGCAUCCAGUUAUGAUUAGUUCCAAAAGAAGAUGGAAAAUCAACAUGGAUUUGCAAAAACAACCAAAUAUGUCUUUGCUGCAGAUGGAAAUGAAGAAAUCAUUAUCGAUUCUAGUUCAUCUUAUGAUUAAAUGUUAAAGAAUUUUAGACAAGGAGCAAGGACAAGGACUUUAAAAGUAAAGAACGAUGAAAAACUCUUUGAAAAACAGUCAUUAUAAAUAUCCAGAGAUGUACCUUAAGAUUAUAUGCCUGAUUUGGACUACAAUGAAAUCUUUGCUGUUUAGCAUAGUAAGAUUUUAUGUGUGUGUAAGUACCAAGAAAAGGAUCCAAGUUAAUGCAAACUUUGCAAUGGAACUGCUUUAGUUGAUUACUAUAAAUAGCAAUGGUAAGCAGAUUUAAGCAAAGAGUUUGAAAAGUUGGUUAAGAAGAAUUUCCAAAAAAUACAGAAAUAUGUUAAAGAUAAUUAUUAGGAAGAUAUUCAAACCUUUGUUAAUUGGAUGGAAUUCCAAAUUAAGUUAAUUAAAUUUUAAGAUCAGGAAUCAUUUUAUUUUAAAUGCAUAAGAUGUGGCAAAUUUUAUGCAAAAGCUAAGAUUGUGCAUGUAAAAAGCUUUUAAAUGCCGAAAAAACCUAUUUGUGAUAAAUGCUUUUAAUCCAAUAGGAUAGAGGGAUAUUUGACAUCUCAGGGUAAAUGUGCGAAAAAUAAUCAAUAAGAGGAAGAUCAGUUGCCUAACAAACCGCCUAAUUUAUCGUAAUCAAUUAAUCGAUGA